AUGGAAGAUAUUCAUGCUAAUCAGCUGAACGAAAAACUACCGUACAUGUUUGAACCCGAGCCAAUGGAUAACUCGAGAAAUGAAAUUGUAAAUUGCGAUUCUUCGAUCCAGUCGUCUUCGGAAGAUGAAGACACCGAAGAACCCUUCGAGCUUGAAAAUGCCUGGCGCCUCCAAAAUCUUAGUUGCUGUAAAAAUGGGCAAUGUACACUGUCAACCAAAGUUAUUGAAUGUUUUUGCUGUCAUGAAAAAGCAGUAGAGUAUGACGAGUACGAUGGUUUGGUGUCCGAARUUGAAGCACAAGGCGAACUUUACAUAACAGCUCAUUCCGACUUCAAGAACAAUAUGCUUUCUGAAUCUGUUCUUAAAGUAGAUAUUUGCCGCUACUUGGAAGACAAUUGGCCUGUUGGCGAUGAAGAUAUCGAGAAAAUUCAUAACCUGUAUCGUCUUAUUUCAUAUCAACGGUGCUCAAGAUGGAUUUUCCAAAUUCUUGGCAAAAAAGUACGACGUCCAUUUCCAGCGUGUGUUUACUCCAAAAUCCGGGGAGUAUUUGAAUCGCCAGAUGGAUUGUAUACACACUUCAAAUAUGCUAAGAGCAAUAGGUAA